CUUUUUGAGCAAAUUUCUGCACAAUCUCACCAUCCGACUGAAGUUUCCCCCUCCCCCUGGAAAUAACUAUUUAUACAUUGAAUCCAGGGGGGGUCAAACCAUUAUAAAUAUAUAUGCAAAAGCAAUUUGCAAAAGCUUGAUGAACUAAAAAUGUUCGAAGUUGAAAAGAAAUUUAAAAUUCCUGCUAACUUCACACGUGUUCUACUUGAACAAAGAUGGACAUACUUGAAAGAGAUUCAUUUAAAAGACACGUAUUUUGACACAGAAAGUUAUGGGCUUACUCGAAACAAUUAUUGGUUUCGAAAACGAGGCACAAAAUGGCAGUUAAAGUGCCCUACCCAACAUGAAAGAGAGACAGAUUCGGUUAGAAUUGAUAGAUAUCAAGAAAUUGAAGAGGAAAAGGCUAUUUUUGACCGGUUGGCGUUAGUUUUGAAAGCGGAAAGCGGUACUGUGGUUGGUGAAACUACAAGUAAUGUUGAAAUAUUUGGUUUGAAGCCUAUAGCACAAUUUGAGAGUUUUAGAAGCAAGUAUAAGUUGGGUACAUUCACGAUCGAUUUGGACAAAACAAAUUUUGGUUAUGAACUUGGAGAAAUCGAGGUUAUGUGUAAAGAGAAGAGUGAAAUGGUAGUGGCAACUGCACAAAUUUUUGAUAUGGCCAGCAAAUAG